CCCAUCAUAAUCCAACCAUCCUCUAUCCCUGUAUGUUCUGCUCCAACUACAAGUGAGGAGGAGGAAACUGAAGAAAGGAGGAAGUAAGGAGAUACGAUGGCUCUCAAGUUGUGGGCUUCUUCUACUGCCAAUGCACUCAGGAUCUCCUGCAGUAGCAGCAGACCUGCUUUCCCUGCUUUCUCCAUCUUUAGGAGUUUCUCCUCCGUUAUCGAAGGAUUGAAGUAUACUGGUUCUCACGAGUGGGUGAAGCAGGAGGGAUCUGUGGCGACCGUCGGCAUCACCGAUCACGCCCAGGGCCAUCUUGGAGAGGUGGUCUUCGUGGAGCUGCCUGAGUCCGGCGCAGCUGUGGCAAAAGGGAGCAGCUUUGGAGCAGUGGAGAGUGUCAAAGCAACAAGCGACGUCAACUCCCCUGUCUCGGGUGAAGUCAUUGAGAUCAACACCAGGCUCACUGAAACCCCUGGCCUGAUCAACUCCAGCCCAUAUGAAGAUGGAUGGAUGAUCAAGGUUCGACCCAGUGACCCAUCCGAAGUAAAAUCUUUGAUGGGAUCCAAGGAGUACACCAAGUUUUGUGAGGAAGAAGAUGCGCACUAGAGCAUGGAUAUCUCCUUCAAAUCAUCAAUCAUUUGAGUUAAUUGAUGAAGAUCACUCACAUCGUCUUUUCUCUCCCCUUGCUCUUAUUGUUGUUAUUGUUGCUCUUUUAGUUUUUUUGAAAGGUUACGGUUAAAAUGUCGAAUAAUAAUAAAUACGAAAGUCAUAUAAGAAUAUAUAAAGAACAAUUCCACA